CCGUCUAAACUCUCGGGAGUCUCUUUUUGACGCAGUUGAUUUUUAACCGCAUCCGGGACAAGCUAGCAAAGGAAGCGUUGUGCCGUUGCAAACGUCCCCAAAAUUGCCAAGAGAUCUUCCUCAAAACCAGAAGCUCUUAUUGUCAAGGCAAGAACCCGACUUAUUCGGAAUGCGACGACAUGCUCACAACUUUUCAAAACUCUCUGCAAUCCUAUGCAGUUUUUAACUGCAUCCGGCACAAGGUGGCUGCGGCAGCAAACGUCACAGAAAUUCUCAACAGCUGUUUCCCCCAACCGCCAGCUGUUAUUGUGCCGUGUCAGGGACCACAAAGCUUCAAAAAGAACAUUUAGAGCUGAAAUGUCGGGGUGGGCCUCUGCUGACGAAGGAGGGAUUGAGAGACGGAAAACGUGUGAGCGGCACACGUGCGGCAGAUAAGGAACACGCGAGGGAUGUAUUUUUUUUGUUUUUUUUAAAGCACGUGGUUACCUCCUUCACUGCCUGCUGUUUUCAAAGCAGGAUAACCCGUAUUCCCAACCAUUUUAGAGCAUUUUGACUGAUCUCUCGAGACCCACAGAAUAUUGCGUUGUGUGAAUGUAAGCAGUGAAGCUACCUAAAAGGAGUAGAAUCUCUUCUUUCACCCCAAAAAGUUAGUUUGAUUCAAAAAAAAAAAAAAGUUGCUUUUUAUGUUUCGAGGGGGCCCCCACGGGUUCUAGAAACGCUUCUGCGUCUGGCACCUCGCGCAAUCCAUUGAAUUCAAGCAGGAAAUCCCGAUACUGUUCAAUUCUUUCCGUUCUAUUUCAUGACGUCCGCGGAUGGGAUUGGCGCCCACCUGCAUGCCGCCGCUGGGCUUCUUGUGGUUGAGCAGCAGCUCGACGGCGCCCACCACCUCCUUGCGGAUGGCGUGCAGCAGGGCGUCGCCCACGUACACGCCGAAGCUCAGCAGCAGCUCGAUGAUCUCCAGGUUCUCGUUCUCGAUGGCGAUGAGCAGCGCCGUGCGGCCCAGCGGGUCGAUGCAGUUGAUGUUGAUCUUGAAGUAGAUCUCGGCCUCCUGGAAAGCAACCGACAGCUUACUGGGCGAUACUAGUUCCAAGGACGAAAUCUUCCUGGAACUUGAGGUGAGAAUGUGUCUUUGAAUGUUGAAAAAACAAAAGGCUAUGUAAUACUUUUACGCCCUCAUAGAACCCAUGUGAUUUCUCCCAGCCAAUCAUACAAAAACUAAGGCAAAAGUUGUAUUCGAUCAAAACUGAAAAAUAUAUAUUAUUAUUAUUUAAAGACAGAUAUGUGUGACACAACUGUAAUUCAUCAUUAUUGUGAUUAAAUUGCUUUUUUUUUUUAAAUAAAGUAAGGUUUUUGUUUGUUUGUUUGUUUUAAACGGCUGCAAAUGCACAAUUUUUAUUGACAGUCUUCAUCUGUAACUGACAGCUGUUUCUAAUCAUUUGACCCACUCGUGGGGCAAAACAUGCAUGUGUUGUGCACGUGUACCUAAUAAACUGGAAAGCACUGCGCGAUUGAUGUGUAGCUUUCUGCUGCCCUCUGUCGGCCAACACGUGCACACUCCUAAAAUGUCUUGUACAAUUCAAGUUUUGUUUGCAAUUGAAGACAUAAUAAUCAUACACAUGCAUGUGUAUUAAUAAUAUGUAUCACAACUUGUAAUCAUAAACACGUACAAAGGCCAAAAAUAGCCAUUUUAUUGUUGUAAGUUGUCCGUGAGGAUGUUUUUACAUGCCGACAAAGUGCCAGAAAGCACACAUUUGCUGUUUUUCCGCCCCCCUCAAUCGCUGGCCUCGUCUGAUUUGGCGCUCUCGUGGGCGUGAAAUGAUAUUUUUUACCAAGCAGGUGUGCGGCGGCGGCGGAAAGAUUGUUUUCUCCACCUUGACUGAGCUUUAUGGUGACAGACGGGUCGCUCCGGACCCCAGGCGGCCGUGUGGACUCGUAGCGUCACGCCGAAGCCUGAGCACCGGGACGCCGCUGCGGAAUGAUUUCUUUAAAGAUCUGGAGGCCAAGCUGGCCGCCACGAGGAAGAAGGCGAGGGACGCCCUGCCGGGCAGCGCCUGGAGCCCCCUGCACGUUAACCCCAACUUGCCCCCGGAGAGGACCGACAUCGUGAUCGUCGGGGGCGGCGUGGUGGGCUGGGCCGUCGCCUACUGGCUCAAGAAGAAGGAGGGCAUCCGCGCAGGGCUCAAAGUCGUCGUGGUGGAGAAGGACACCACGUACUCGCGGGCAUCCACGGUGUUGUCGGCCGGGGGGAUCCGCCAGCAGUUCUCCCUGCUGGAAAACAUCAGCCUGUCCAUGGCCUCCGCCGACUUCCUGAGGAACAUCAACGAGCACUUGAGCUUGCUGAACGAGGACCCGGUGGACGUGCAGUUCAACCAGGCGGGGUACUUGUUGCUGGCCAGUGACAAGGCGGCGCACAUCAUGGAGGACAACUACCACACCCAGCGGGCUGCGGGAGCCCAAGUGUCACUUCUCUCGCCGACGCAACUGAAAGAGAAAUUUCCCUGGAUGAACACAGAAGAUGUGGCACUUGCUUCAUACGGUGUGGAAAACGAGGGCUGGUUCGACCCGUGGACGUUGCUGAACGCCUUGAGGAGGAAGGCCAUCUCCAUGGGCGUCGUCCAGUGCUGCGGAGAAGUCACCGGGUUUAAAUAUUCGGCCAACGAGGUCAUGACGGAGGACGGCGAACGUUUGGAGUUGAGGAGGAUCAAAUCCGUUCAAGUGCAGAUGCCCAACAGUUUGGAGUUCCAGCCCGUGGAGUGCGGCGUGGUGGUGAACGCGGCCGGGGCCUUCUCGGCCAAACUGGCCCACAUGCUGGGAGUGGGACUCGGACCCGAGGACACCCUGGCCGGAAUCCCGAUCCCCGUCGAGCCCAGGAAAAGGUUCAUCUACGUCUUCCACUGUCCCGACGGGCCCGGUCUGGACACGCCCUUCCUUAUCGACCAAUCGGGCGUGUACUUCAGGAGGGAGGGCUUCGGAGGGAACUUCAUCGCGGGCAGGUCGCCGGACCAGGGAGAGGAGCCGGAUGUGGCCAAUCUGGAUGUGGACCACCAGUUUUUCCAGGAAAAAAUUUGGCCCGAACUGGCGCACCGUGUUCCCGCUUUCGAAAAACUGAAGGUGACGAGCGCCUGGGCGGGCUACUACGACUACAACACGCUGGACCAGAACGGCAUCGUGGGCACGCACCCGCUGGUCAGCAACAUGUACUUCGCCACGGGCUUCAGCGGCCACGGCCUGCAGCACUCGCCCGCCGUGGGCCGCGCCGUCGCCGAGCUCAUCCUGGACGGCGGCUUCAGCACGGUAGACCUGAGCCGACUCGGCUUCCGCCGCAUCGCCGACCGGGAGCCCGUGUUGGAGAGGAACAUCGUGUAGAGGCCGGACCUCCUUUUGGUCCUCGCUAGGGUUCGGGAAAGGAUGCGAAUCGGUUGGCCUCACAGACUGAGAGAUUUGUUGGCUUUUGGGACUUCGACCACUAUUCCCUUUGUUUCUGUUGUUUACUGACCUCAGUUUUUGGAUAGAAUUGCAAGCAAUAUGAUCUGAAUGAAUGUCCAAUAUGCCACAAUUUCAGUAAAAACAAGUAUCCAGAAGAAGUAACAAUUGACAGAAAUUGCCAAAAUAUAAAUAUUGCAGCCUUAAAACUUGAAAUCACUCUCCUGCAAAAUGAGAAAAAUGGAGUUACCCCACUCGAGUUCUCAGUGGCUUGUUUCCAAAAGCUGCCCUUUGUUUUGUUCUUGUUCUUUGUCAUGCUAAUGUGAUGGCAGGUUUGAAGAGGGCGAAUGAAAGGGGGAGGCGUCCGUGGUGCAAUUGAGGGAUUUCUUUUAUGCCGUUCUCAUGCCAGAACCACCAACUCACCCCACCCGGGCUCCCUUGAAUGGGGGAGUAGGACGACUUGUACUUAAAAAAAAAAAAAAAUUUCUCCCAGAUCUACCGUUUCUAUGACAUGACAUUAUUUUAGGUGGUGGUGAUGCCGCAGGGAAAGGGGGCUGGGGGGGCACGCCCACCCUCCCCCCACUGUGGCUGUUGUGCAUCUAAUGCGUCCAGUGUACACGCUGCUGGCAUGUGGCUGGGAUUAGGACAUUUCACUGUGGAUUAAAAUAAACGCGGUCGGACCGGCAGAACCAGCAGAAGGUUAACUCUGCAUCCAGGUACGUGCGGCCGAACGUUUUCUGUAUGCAAAAGUGUGUUUUUGUUUUAUUCCAUAUUUCUAAACUUGAUCUUAGCCACAGUACAGCAUCAAUUGCAACUGAGAACUAGAAGGGGGGAACUCAAUUGUUGUCAUUUAUGAAAUUGAUGACGUUUUUAAUACCCUUAUGCCCUUUUAUUAAUUCCUACAUUGUGGUGAUAUGUUUAAUAUAGUUUUGAAACAAAUGGCAAAGUUAGUGCUGAUACACGUGAGUGGCAUCUUUGUAUUUUUAAACUGAAUUUCAGUGGAAAAAUAUAACAUUUCUUUGUGUUUUCAAGACAAUGCACCAAUUCAAUGUAUUUAAGGGUUUUGUAACGUAUACUGAAUAAAAGUCCAUUUUUUUUCAUACAAAUAA